GUGUGUAUGUAUACUUUGUUUGCACUACAUUUUGGGGACAGUUUUACAUGUAACAUGGAGAUAUUUUGAAACAGUGGGGAACAUUAAAUUUUAAAUUACAUAAACUUAUGUGGACAGAAGUCAUGAUUGGGUGUAAUAAACAUAAAAAAGGAAACAAUCCCCAAAAACAAAUUGUGUAUUAUGAAAAUAGGAAAAAAUACAUUGAUUAAAAUAUAUUCCUAAUGGUUUUGAUUUACGAGAUCAUUUUCAGACGAUGCGGCUGCAGCAGGCUGCGCAUGCGCCGUGACAGUCACGACUCAGACCCUGCUGCAGCUGUUUCAGGUGGAAACAUGGCGAUGAAGGCGCUCAGAGGGAUGGUGAACGGAGCCAUGAGCGAGCUCUCUUCGGCCGUCAGCGGCAGCAGACCGACAGCCGCCGCUCCGGUGUCCGCCGGGAGCACCGCCGCCUCCCGGGAGCACGCCCUGGCCGUCAGCCGAGAUUACAUAUCACAGCCUCGCCUGACCUAUAAAACUGUGUCUGGAGUCAACGGUCCUCUGGUGAUUUUGGAUCAAGUGAAGUUCCCAAAGUACGCUGAGAUUGUCCACCUCACCCUACCUGAUGGUACCAAACGGAGCGGACAGGUUUUGGAGGUCACUGGAUCCAAGGCUGUGGUUCAGGUUUUUGAGGGGACAGCUGGCAUCGAUGCCAAGAAGACUAGCUGUGAGUUCACUGGAGACAUCUUACGGACACCAGUUUCUGAGGACAUGUUGGGCCGUGUGUUUAAUGGAUCUGGUAAACCUAUUGACAGAGGACCAGCAGUCCUGGCUGAAGACUUCCUGGACAUCAUGGGCCAGCCUAUCAACCCUCAGUGUCGUAUUUACCCCGAGGAGAUGAUCCAGACUGGGAUUUCUGCCAUUGAUGGCAUGAACAGCAUCGCUAGAGGGCAGAAAAUACCCAUCUUUUCUGCAGCAGGACUGCCACACAAUGAGAUAGCAGCUCAGAUCUGUCGGCAGGCCGGUCUGGUGAAGAAGUCCAAGGAUGUGAUGGACUACAGCGCAGACAACUUUGCUAUUGUUUUUGCAGCCAUGGGGGUUAACAUGGAGACGGCUCGGUUCUUUAAGUCGGACUUUGAGGAGAACGGAUCCAUGGACAAUGUGUGUCUAUUCCUUAACCUGGCCAAUGACCCCACCAUUGAGCGCAUCAUCACACCUCGUUUGGCUCUGACAUCAGCAGAGUAUCUGGCCUAUCAAUGCGAGAAGCACGUCCUCGUUAUCCUCACGGACAUGAGCUCCUAUGCAGAGGCUCUUCGGGAGGUGUCUGCAGCCAGAGAGGAGGUGCCAGGUCGUCGAGGUUUCCCCGGCUACAUGUACACAGAUUUGGCUACCAUCUAUGAAAGAGCAGGCAGAGUAGAGGGGCGCAGUGGUUCCAUCACCCAGAUCCCCAUCCUCACCAUGCCCAAUGAUGACAUCACUCAUCCUAUUCCUGACCUAACUGGUUACAUCACUGAGGGACAGAUUUAUGUGGACAGACAGCUUCACAACAGACAGAUAUAUCCACCCAUCAACGUGCUACCGUCUCUCUCUCGACUGAUGAAGUCGGCCAUUGGGGAGGGAAUGACCCGCAGAGACCACUCUGAUGUGUCAAACCAGCUUUACGCAUGUUACGCCAUAGGAAAGGAUGUUCAGGCCAUGAAGGCGGUGGUGGGAGAGGAGGCUCUAACUGCUGAUGAUCUGCUCUAUCUGGAGUUCCUCACGAAGUUUGAGAAGAACUUCAUCUCUCAAGGUGCCUAUGAGAACCGGAGUGUGUUUGAGACUCUUGACAUUGGAUGGCAGCUGAUGAGAAUCUUCCCCAAAGAGAUGCUGAAGAGGAUCCCUCAGAACACUUUAGCAGAUUUUUACCCACGAGAGGCCAAACAUUAGCUGAACACACACUGCGCCCACCUGUCUGCUAGAGACCUCGCUGCGUACAUACACCGUAGUGUUGUGAUACUGUAAAAUGUCCACACACUUGUGGCUUUCAUGUGGCCUUUACAGCAAACCUACCCUCCAAAGACAGAAAUGAAGAGAGACUGAAAAGUGUUCAUGAGUUUGUUUACUGUGUGGAUAAAAAACUUUCUGCUGCAAAUGUAUGAAGAUUAUUUAGUUCAUCAGAUGUUUAUAUGAUGAUGAUGAUGGUGAUAGUGAUGGUCAUGAUGGGGAUGAUGAUGAUGAUGAUGAUGAUGAUGAUAGUGAUGAUCAUGAUGGGGAUGAUGAUGAUGGUGAUAGUGAUGGUCAUGAUGGGGAUGAUGAUGAUGAUGAUGAUAGUGAUGAUCAUGAUGGGGAUGAUGAUGAUGGUGAUAGUGAUGGUCAUGAUGGGGAUGAUGAUGAUGACGAUGAUGGUGACAAUGGUGAUAAUGAUGAUUAUGGUGAUGGUGAUAGUGAUGAUCAUGAUGGGGAUGAUGAUGAUGAUGAUGAUAGUGAUGAUCAUGAUGGGGAUGAUGAUGAUGGUGAUAGUGAUGGUCAUGAUGGGGAUGAUGAUGAUGACGAUGAUGGUGACAAUGGUGAUAAUGAUGAUUAUGGUGAUGGUGAUAGUGAUGAUCAUGAUGGGGAUGAUGGUGAUGAUGAUGAUGACGAUGAUGGUGAUGAUGGUGAUAAUGAUGAUUAUGGUGAUGGUGAUAGUGAUGAUCAUGAUGGGGAUGAUGGUGAUGAUGAUGAUGACGAUGAUGGUGAUGAUGGUGAUAAUGAUGAUUAUGGUGAUGGUGAUAGUGAUGAUCAUGAUGGGGAUGAUGGUGAUGAUGAUGAUGAUGACGAUGAUGGUGACGAUGGUGAUGACGAUGAUGGUGAUAAUGAUGGUGAUGGUGAUAGUGAUGAUCAUGAUGGGGAUGAUGAUGAUGAGGAUGAUGACGAUAAUGGUGACGAUGGUGAUGAUGAUGAUGAUGGGGAUGGUGAUAGUGAUGAUGACGAUGAUGGUGACGAUGGUGAUGAUGAUGAUGACGAUGAUGGUGAUAAUGAUGGUGAUGGUGAUAGUGAUGAUCAUGAUGGGGAUGAUGAUGAUGAGGAUGAUGACGAUGAUGGUGACGAUGGUGAUGAUGAUGAUGAUGGUGAUGGUGAUAGUGAUGAUCAUGAUGGGGAUGAUGAUGAGGAUGACAUUUGGUCUUUAUUUUCAAAUGACAAAACAUCUAAAAUAGUUAGGAUGAGAGAGUGUUGAAGAAUUAGAAGAUCUUCCAACUUUUAGAAUGAUCCUGAAGAUCAUAUACAUCAUUCAGUUUUCAUUGCAUGAAGUUGUUUAUGUGGUUGGUGUAUUUUUAACAGUGAUGAUCAGACGGAACAUCUACCUUUAGAGGCGAGACUAAUGACACAAAGCUAAGUGAUUGUGCUCAACAACCCUUGUUUAAUAAAGCUGCAUACACAUUGAGUGAAGAUAUCCAGAUGUUAAAGGUCGGGUUUGUUAGAAUUCUACCGAGUCUGUUUUCAGUUUGUCACACUGUUUAUGAAAACUUAACCAGUGGUUGUUUGUGUGGAUUCCUGUUUGUGAACGAUGGUGAAGCUUUUCUUUGCACACACAUUUAAGUUAUAACAAUGUGCUUCCACUGGAAUGAUCUUCAGAUUGGCCUUUGAUGGUGAACCUUGUUUCUGGGUUGUUAUCGACCCAGAAUUCAAAGCAAACUGUGAUGCUUUCCCAAUAUGUGUGUGUGGUGGGAUUUUUAAUGGUGUUUGACAGGAGUUGUACCCAGACUCGUCUACAUCACUGAUGAGAUGCCUACUUUUAAUUUGGUCUACUUUUCUGUCCCAUCCUGAUGAACCCAGACUAGGCUAAGAUGAGUUUGUUUCUUUGUCAUUAAGUAAAGGAAGAAAAGUUUGGCUUUUAGUGUCAGUCGGGGGCAGGAGAAGAACAGGUGUCUUCUGGGUUUCUUCAGACAAAAAGCCAAAAAAAUGGUGCAGCUUCUUCAUAAAGACUUGUUUUUUUUCUGUAGCUCAGCCAAAGUUUGAGAUGAACAACAUUGAUCUUUUUAGAGCAAAUGAAACAUUACACAGCAAGCAUUCCACAUUAGACAACUCCACAUCACACGAUCCAAUCACUUUGACUGGGUUAAUUGGGCCAGUCAGACUGAAAAAGGAGGAUCUGUGUGGUUAGGAGGAUCUGUGUGGUUACAUUGAAAAAGUAUUUUAUCAUUCAAACCUGUUUGGGGAUCCUGUGUUUUCGUACAACUUGAUGGUGUUGUGUAUUUGUAGAUUUUUGUGCCAAAAGCUUGAAUCUGUCUUUAUUUUCUUAGGUGUUGGCUUAAAACCACUCAUCUGCCUUGAAAAACCUGCUAAACUGUUACUGUUUAAGCCGUUUCUUGCUUAUUCUCUGGGUAACGAAAUGCAUGCUUUGCUGUUAAAUGUUUACUGUUGGUGCCUCAUGUCACAUAUGAUAAAAUAAAGACCGCUGCCUCAUUA